CUUUGGCCGCACCCGGGCAGAGCCCUCGCGGCCCUCAACUACAAAAGCUGUGGCCAAGUCCGCCGAGGCUCGCUCCCCAUUUGCAGUCGUCAAACUUCCAAGUUUCAAUAAUCAUUGUUCGUGCCUAGAUCAGGCUGUCUCUGCUGCUCGUAUCCAAGGCCAGCACCGCACUACAGCCAAACCCAACAUGCCCGCCAUUUCUUACGGCCCACCGCCAUCGGUCGCCAGUGACAUCCCGAGCGUUGUCGGCAACUGUGUCUCGAAGCGACACACGUUCCAAGACUACUCUCGCAUUGCCGCUCCAGACCAAACCAUUCCUCAGCGGAGGGGUGCCCCGCCGCUCAUCGACUAUACUGUUUACGAUUGGACAAUCGACUUUUCAAAGGACCUCGUAACGUUUGGCGGAACUGGAGGACUCAUGCUUUCUUGCAUGCCUGCCGACCCCUCCAAAAACCAGACCAGCGCCUCAAGUGCCCGGAUUUCAACAACGCGCUACAUGCUCUAUGGCCGCAUCACAGCCCGUAUCAAAGCUGUCCAGCAGUCGGGCUUUGUGACAUCGCUGAUCACCAUGUCCGACAUCGGAGAUGAGAUUGACUGGGAACUGGUCAAGAACACGGCACAGACCAAUGUAUUUUACCACCAGUUUGAAGAUCAGCCACCCUGGAACCUUACGACACUCGACCCCGAGUUCGGGAAGCACUUUGGAAUGUUCAACGUGACCGGCGGCCGGCUCGACGACUGGCACAUCUACACCAUCGACUGGGGCCACGACAAGAUCACAUGGUCCAUCGAUGGACUCGUCGUCAAGACCUUCACCAGGGCCGUCGACGGCAUGAACUCGACACAAGUGCAGCAAGGAAUGGUGCCUCUGUGGUACCCACAAACUCCAUCGCUCGUACAAUUCUCGCUCUGGGACGCCGGCGACAACCCAUCAACCAUGGACUGGUCGGGCGAAGCAGACUGGAGCAACCUCGAUCCGGUAUAUGGACGGACCGCCAUUUUCGAGUAUAUUGACAUCCAGUGCUACAACGAUCAAGAUCAACCCGUCGACAGAUGGCCGCCAAAUACCCCGGACAAUCGCAAAGGCAAUGGCGUAGUUGAUCCGCCGAUGCUCGCCGAUGGCUCCGUGAUGGGCCAGUCCAAUCCAUCACUUGUUCCCAACACAAACACAUCCAACCUGACCCCCGGAAUGAUAGCAAAUGCCUCGGCACCAACGUUCAGAGACCCAAGUAAACUACCGCCUGGGUCGCGACCACCCGGAAGCGCUGCAAGUGCAUCCAUUAACUGGGACAUGGCGAUGUUCUGGAUAUACGGUUUCUUGAUUCUGAGAGCAAUCAAGUUACUGUCGUGACGCUGGAACUGCUGCUCACAUAUACACCGCGCACGGAAUCGAAACAGGCCGCUCUGCUUUUGACGCCGAUGCCACAUAUCUCUGCAUCCUGAAUACAGCCCAUGUGCUCCGUUCAAU